AAUUAAAUUAUAUAUUUUAAAUUAUUGUACCCUAAAAAAACAACUCAAGUUUUUUUGUUGAACGCGAGUGUCAAUUAAAGUAUCGGAAUUUAUUGGACCCUGAAUAAUUUAAUUAAAAUGCUCACUUGCCACUGAAAAUUAAUUGAAGACAUUUCAAUCUUCGAAUUCAAAAACUCAUCAGAAAAGUUUCUCGUGCUUUGCUGACUAAAAACCAUAAAAAACCGAAAACAACUUUCAACACGAAAAGUGAAGAUCUCGAUUCAGGGUAAAGAGGGGAUUCCUUGACGGAUUCUUCGGCACAAUGAAACACAGAUUCGUCAUUAAAAGGACACUGCCACCUGGCUCGCAUUGCUUUUUGUAUGGCGGCAUUAGGCAAAUUGACAACAGCUUAAAUCACUUUGAGGCGGCUUAAAGCCUCGACAUCGGCAAAAAGGACCUGCUGUCAACCUCAAGGAUUCGUAGUGCCGUUGUCGUUGGCAGUUAAAACUCUCACUCGACGGAACGAGAGUAGCACCAACAUCGGGCGGGAAAAAAGAAGGAGAAAAGCGAGGAUAGCACUAGACAGAAUCCGCUGGCACAAUGGACGUGGAACUCGAGGAGGAGGAGGAGCGCAUCUGCCUCAGAACAGCGGAGGAGGAGCAGUUGGCCAACAUGGACGAGGACAAGCUGGUUUCGGACGAGGUGCACAUGCGGCAGUUGAGUGCGACGCCCUCAUCCGCUUUCUCGCUGCAGCAGCGCCGGCAGAGCAACAGUGUGACCCACUCCGCACCGCCCGAACUCACGCAGCGCGUGGGGGCGGGCGACACGAAAGAGGAGGCGCCACCGGUGGGUGGUUCCGGGGGAGUUCCCGCUGCCGCGGACAGGGACACGGAUCCCGACGAGAGAGUGGUGCUUCGACGGGCGGCGGACAAGGGCGCCAUCGCCUUGGCGCAAAUCGACGACCUGAAACUGGAGGGAGAUGAUGAUGAGGAGGGGGAUGAGGAUGAGGAGAAUCAGGAGGACGAGGGUGAUGGCCUGGGCUUGAGUAAUCCCGCUGCGCAGACCACCGAUGAUGAGCAGAUUACGGUCAAAGGAACUGGAACUGGAGCAACAGUGGCCACUUCCGCGGCAGCCAAUGCCCCAUCGAAUGCGCCAUCCAGCGAGGUAACCACGCCGGAUAUGUCCAAAAUACCACGACUGCCCGGCGACGGGGCCCAAAUGGAGGACACCGGCGACCUGCCGCCAUCGCUGCGUGCCUCCACCACAUCAAUUUUGUCCAAUUUGCGCAAGAAACAGCAGGCCGGCCCUCUGCGCGGGGGCGUGGCCAAGCAGACGCCGCUGCGGGUGCAGUCCGUCCGGAUUGCGGAGGUCAAGCGGGCCUACGGGCCCAAGCGGCGAACGGAGAGCUGCAGCAUCUUUGGCAACAGCAAUUUCGAAAACGAUUUGGAAUGUGGAAAUUCCCUCGCCAGCAUUGCUGGUCAAUCGCAGCGGCCCUUAAACAACGAGAUGUAUUCCGCCUUCAAGAGUGGCAAUGUGGUUAAGGGAAUCUUGUGUCCCUCGUUAACCAACUCCUUCAAGCAGAGUUCCCUGGAACGAUCCUAUCUGACUUACACGCAUCGCCAACGCCAGAAGUCCUUGAUUAUUGUAAAUGUGGUUGAUUUUGUGCUGAAGAUUGUUUUGGCCUUUGUCUGGAUAAUGCGAAGAAGUAAACUGGGAGCUAUUGAAAACGAAGAUGGAACGAGCAUGGCAACAGCCAUCACUUGGUCGGUUUGCUGUGGGAUCGCCAACAUGGCCAUCUGCUUCCUGGGCUACUGGCGCUGCUUCGCCAACAACUAUUUGCACUGGGCAGCGGUCUGCACGUGGGUGCUCUUCAACAUCCAGGGAUUCGUUGGGCAGGGCGUGGGAUUUGCGGAUCGCGAGUACCUGGUGUGGUACAUCCUGUUCGUAAUCUUCGUGCCCUAUGCAAUGCUGCCCCUGCCCCUAAAAUGGUGCGUUGUGGGCGGGACCAUCACGGCCAGCUGUCACCUGGCCGUAAUUACCAUCAUCAAACUGCAGCACGGCGAGGCCACCACCAACGCAGAGUGCGUCCUGUUCCAGAUCUUCGCCAACUUCAUUCUCUACACGGCCAUCAACGUGGCUGGUAUGUACACGAAGUAUCUCACGGAUCGCGGUCAACGGUUAGCCUUCAUCGAAACGCAUAAAGCCAUGGAGCAUAAAAAGGAGUCAGAAAAGGAGUUGCAACGCACCCAAAAGCUACUCGAUUCAAUUCUGCCCAACAUCGUGAACAAUCAAAUUCGCAGCGAAAUGUACAAGGGCACGGAUCCCACGGUGGAGACGCAGUUCAACAAAUUGUACGUUUAUCCCAUGGACAAUGUGAGCAUUUUGUUCGCCGACAUCAAGGGUUUCACCGAACUCGCCAGUAAAACUUCGGCCCAGCAGCUGGUGAAAAUCUUGAACGACCUCUUCGCCCGAUUCGAUCGCAUUGCAGAGGACAACCACUGUCUGCGUGUCAAGCUGCUGGGCGAUUGUUACUACUGUGUGUCGCAGUUCGAGAGCGACAACUGGAAGACGCGACCGGAUCACGCGGUCUGCAGCGUGGAAACUGGCCUGCACAUGAUAAAGGCCAUUAAGGAUGUGCGCCUGCACACGCACGUGGACCUCAAUAUGCGAAUCGGCAUCCACAGCGGUUCAGUGAUGUGCGGAGUUUUGGGCAACAAGAAGUGGCAUUUCGACGUCUGGUCCAAUGAUGUUAUCAUUGCAAAUCACAUGGAAUCCGGCGGUAUUCCCGGAAGAGUCCACAUUUCGGAGGCGACGCUCAAGUGCCUGAACGACGCCUACGAGGUGGAACCUGGAAACGGCGGCAGUCGGGACAAUCACCUCAAAAUGCUGAACGUCAAGACCUUUCUCAUCAAGCGCACCGAGCCGUUGAGACCCAAACGUCGUUUUGGCACGCGCAGCAGCGCCCAUUUGGCGGGAAGUGUGGCUACUGCCAACACCGCCCCCUCGGCCACGCCCACCGCCUUGCCGAAAUCAAUCUCGGCCAGCGGAAGUGGCAGCAUCGGUGGGGUGACCGCAGCUGGGGGAGAUGGAGCGAGCAUGGAUGGUCGGAGCCUGGAGUACGCGGCCACCAUCGCCAUUCCCGCCCAGCAGCCGGCGCAACUCCUCCAGCAGCAGCAGAAGAAGAAUAUAUCCUUGAACUCGCUGCCCAAUGUCGUGGAAGGAGUGGCCAUGGACAAUAGGAGGAUGCGGAACGGCUGCAGUGGAGUGGGAGGACCAGGUGGCUCUGGUGGAGCUGGAACAGGUCCGUCUGGCAUGUCCACGGUUUCCUCACCGACAGCCAUGAUGUCGGCACCACUGGAGGUCCAGCUGAGGGCCAAAAACGGAGCCACCAGCAUCCAAAACCUGGCGGAGGCCAUCGACGGCAAGGGACUGAUCAUCGAGGACGAAUCGACCACCGACUGGAUACCAGAGAUUCCAUUCAAGAACCUUAACAGCCCCGAAGAAGGACUUAAUCGUGCGGAUUCCAUUUUAGUUGAUACCAAAGAGGAUCACAGAGUAUCGGUGGCUGUUUUGGAUGAGGAGAUCGACGAGUUCAUAGAGCAGAACAUUCAAAUCAACUCGAACAAGGAAAUCCGACGCGAGUACCUAAAUCCCUGGACCCUGAAGUUCAAGGAUAAGAGUCAGGAGCAGAAGUUCUGCCAACUACGGGAGGAUAUGUUCCGUUCGAAUAUGCUGUGUGUGUUUGUCAUCUGGAUAUUUAUGGUUCUGUGCCAGGUCAUCAUCAUUCCGCGCUGCACGCGUCUCAUUAUUUGCCUCUCCGCCGGCACCUUGGUUCUUACCUUCUGCUGCGUUCUGGUUAUGGCCGAGGAGUUCCCAGGCUUGCCACGCUGCCUGAAGACGAACUCGGCCAAGUUGGUGCACCAACGACAGCGGCGCACUCUAUUCAUUUGCGGCGUCAUCGUGUCCAUGUGCAUGCUGAGUGCCAUUGGAUUGGUGCUGUGUCCCUCGUCCACCUACAUCGGCACCGUGGACGAGCACUCCCGCUUCCUGCGACUGACCUCCCUGUACAGCAACUCCUCCCUGGCGGAGAGGGAGUACAAGCUGAACGUCUACCUGUCGGCCACCAUCCAUCACAACAUCACGAUUAGCACGCCGACGAGCGGAGGAGCUGGCUCCCUGGUGGACAUAACCAGUGGCCCAUCCGACGAGCUGGUGCGGAGCACUCUGGCCAAUGCGCUCAGUUUGAACUUGACACCACCUUUGGAGCUUUACGAGCAAUCGCACCGACCAUACACACUGACCACCAAUGGACACUCGGUGUCCUUGGGCAACUUCAGCUACGGAGAUUCGGCGGGAAUGCGGAGUACGGUGGAUCUCGAGUCGGACUGCGCCCAUCCGGAGUACCUGGUGUUCACCUGGGUGCUUUGCCUCGUUUCCCUGGCCACCGCCCUGAAGCUGUACUACCUGGUUAAAGCCAUCAUGGCCUUGGGCAUGGUGGGCUUCUACACCACGCUGAUCAUGUUCAAGUUCAGCACGGAUGACAGCUUCAGCUUGGGCAACCUUUCCCGGCUGGGAAUGCCCCUCGGAGUCCAGAUGCUGAUACUCCUAAUCUCGUUUCUCGUGAUGGUCUGCUAUCAUGCAAGACUCGUUGAGGUAACCUCCCGUUUGGACUUCAUAUGGAAGGAGCAAGCAGAGCGUGAACUGACCAACAUGAAAUCCAAUCGUGCGCUUAAUGACACAUUAAUUAAGAACAUCCUGCCGGACCACGUGGCCACCUAUUACCUAUCCGACGAGCACACGGACGAGCUCUACUCCAAGAUGCACAACCAGUGCGGCGUGAUGUUCGCCUCCAUUCCGAACUUCCAGGACUUCUACUCCGAGGACAUCGACAACGGCAAGGCCUGCAUUCGCAUACUGAACGAGAUUAUCUGCGACUUUGAUGAAUUGCUGGAGGAGCCGCGCUUCGCAUCGGUGGAGAAAAUCAAAACCGUGGGUGCCACCUACAUGGCUGCCGCGGGAUUGAAUCACGAGCAUCUGCGGCUUCGCGGCGAGACCUCCGAGGACAGCGUGUGUGACCUCGUGGAGUUCGCCUUCGCCAUGAAGCAGAAGCUGGAGGAGAUCAACGGCGACGCCUUCAACAACUUCCAGCUGCGCGUGGGAAUCUGCAGUGGUCCGUUGGUCAGCGGAGUGAUUGGCGCCAGGAAACCCGUCUACGACAUCUGGGGCAACACCGUCAACGUGGCCUCGCGCAUGGACUCCACCGGCGAGAACUGGCGGGUUCAGGUGCCGGAGAACACGGCGGAGUUGCUCUGCUCCCGGGGUUACACUUGUGUGAAACGAGGUGAAAUCGCUGUCAAGGGCAAGGGCAUGAUGACCACGUUCUACGUUCACCCCAAGGGCAUCUCAGAGAGUCAGUUGAUAUCACCUGUCCGAAUGCCAGCUGGGAUUCCCCUGGCGCAAACACCGAACCUCCAGCGACAGACCUCCCAUCAUGGAUCCUUCAGCGCCGUGGUUUUUGGAAUGCUGCAGGCCAGCAAACGCAGCACGGCCAUUGCCGGAACACCCACUGGCACUCCGUCGCCUCAAAUACGUCGAGGACAUCGGGGAAGCACCUUUAGCUCGGUCCGAUUAUCACAGAAGUCAACCACGGUGAAUCCAGUGCGUCGGAAUACAACUCGAGUACGGGGACGUUCCUAUCGCCAGAAAAAGAGUUCCUCCAACAACUCGAUCGUUACCCAGGCCAGUUCCAGCUAUAUGCCAUCGUUCAGACGGAUCGAUCAGAUCGAGACGACCAUAUCGAAGAGCCACAACGAUGCGUUAUAGCCGACUACUACGCGCUCUCACUGGGUCUAAGUCGAUCUCAAGCGGAUGAAUUGCGUAAUGAAUUUAUUUUUGGAACGAUUUUAUGCAACACGAAAUGAUUAUAAAUAAUGCUGCGCCUACAGUUAAAUCGGUUUGCUGGCUUAGACUUAAGUUGAACUAGUGGAGAUCGGCACUGAUGCUACUUAGUAGAAUUUUUUAAAUCACCGUCUUGCUGAUUAAAUAAAUUAAAUUCUUGCAUUAUCUAAGCACAAUUCUAGUCGUUAAUCUUAAGAAUUGCCGUUUGUAUGUGUGCUUUAAAUUUGUUUAGAGUAAGUAAUUUCGAUCUUCCCAUGUUAACUGAACGAAAUGCCAAUGAACCUACUAACUUUGUUCAAUUCUACCAAAUUAUUUAUCAAUUCUAGCGUAAUUUUCUUGAACUAGUAGUAAAUUUUAAAAGUCAUUUACCAAUCAAAUUAAACAUUCGUUGUACAAAUCUUUUCUUGUAGUAAGACAUCGUAUGUGUAGACUAAGAAUUCCUGAAUGUAAAAUAUUUUACCAAUAUUUUAAAAUAUCUGUAUAAAGACGAACGAGUGUUACUGAAAUGCGAAAUUGAACAUGGAAAAUAAAAGAUGUACAAGUAUUAUAGCCAACAGAGUUUAAGUGCA